UUGACAGAGAGGCAGGGAGCCUGUGAUAGACCGUGAGAAAGAGCAGGAGAGAGAUAGAGGCUGUGAGUGAGGGAGGAAGAUGCUGUUGCCAGGGAACGAGGCUGAAAUAGCUGGAACUAUCUUUUACAGUUUGGAAGAGGAUGAAGAGGCAGUUAAAGAUGGAUACAAAAUGGAGUAAAUUGGAAGAAAACAGGUGGUCCUGAUCACGGACAGCAUCACAGAAUCGAAGUAAAAGGAAAACAUAUCUUGCCUUCAUUGGCUUCAUUAGUAAGAACAGGAGCUAGGCAGCUUCCCUAAAAACAGGAGAGCACCGCCUGAAAAUGUAAACAGCGAUGAACCUCACCCACCAAUUUUAAGGAGGGGCAAGUGAAGCAAGGCAGAGUCAUCAGAGGAGAACAACACCGAUAUACUUUAUAAUUGAGCAGAGGCCCUCAAAACCUGCAGGAAAAUGGGUACAGCAGAAGUCACUUUACGCAUGGACAGCAUGGACGUCAAGGACGAGUGGCAGGAUGAAGACUUCCCCAGGCCACUGCCAGAGGAUGGAGAUGUCAACUCAUGUGGCUUAACUGACACCAGAAGCAAUCCUCCCACCAGUCUGAAUGUGGGAGAGUCAAUCAACCAUAGAAUGCGUCGCACACUGGUAGCCCCCGAGAUGAACCUGUCCCUGGAUCAGAGUGAGGGCUCUGUUCUCUCUGACGACUUCCUGGAAACGCCUGAUGACCUGGACAUCAAUGUUGAUGACAUUGAGACUCCAGAUGAGACCGACUCACUUGAGUUCCUGAACAACGGCAAUGAGCUUGAGUGGGAAGAUGACACUCCUGUGGCCACAGCCAAACGUCUUCCAGGUGAAGGUGAAGAUGAGAGAGACUCCUCUGGUCGUCUGUGGCGAACAGUGAUAAUCGGCGAUCAGGAGCAAAGGAUUGACAUGCAGACCAUUAGACCGUACCUGCGAGUGGUCACCCAUGGAGGUUAUUAUGGUGAGGGUCUGAAUGCCAUCAUUGUGUUUGCGGCCUGCUACCUUCCUGACAGCAGCUGUGAUGACUACACAUACAUCAUGGAGAAUCUCUUCCUGUAUGUUGUUAGCAGCCUGGAACUGCUGGUGGCUGAAGAUUAUAUGAUUGUUUAUCUGAAUGGAGCAACUCCUCGCAGGAAGAUGCCGGGAAUAAGUUGGCUAAAGAGAUGCUACCAGAUGAUUGACAGAAAACUGAGGAAAAACCUCAAGUCUCUGAUCAUUGCACAUCCAACAUGGUUUAUCAGAACUGUCCUUGCGAUCUCAAGACCUUUUAUAAGUGUGAAGUUCAUGGAUAAGAUUCGAUAUGUUCACACGCUGGAGGAGCUUAGUCACAUCAUCCCUAUGGAGCAUGUACAGAUUCCUGAAUGUGUUCUGCAGUAUGAUGAUGAGAAGAUAAAAGCACAAAAAUUGAGACAGGAACAAGAGCAACACCAGCAGAACAAGUCAAAUCCUCCCAAAGAAAGGCCAAAGUCAGUGUUAGCAGAUGUUAGCCGUGACAUCUGACAUUAAGAAGACACGCGAUACAGCAAAUUAAAUCCUUGGGGAAGGUCCAUUGGGAGUCUUGGAUGCCAACAUUCCUGAAGAUCGAUUCAUGUCUUAUACUAUAAAGAUCCUCAGCUAACAGCUCUAUUUUCAUUGAAUGUACAAAAUAAUAUAAGGACCUUGCAAAAGUA